CCCGCACCACCACUGCCACCACCAUCACCAGCAGCGGCAGUAGCAGUAGCGCCGGCGGCGCGAUGGGGUAGCGGCGGCGAUGGCGGAGCCGGCGGAGCUGCAGCAGGAAUCAGUGGUGCGAUUCCUGGCGGCGCGGGGCGGGCGGGCACGCAACGCGGAGCUGCUGGAGCAUUUCCGGGACUGGCUGAACCCCGCGGAGCCCUCCCGCCGCGCCGCCGCCCGGCAUCGCUUCAAGGAGCUGGUCAACGCAGUGGCCACCGUGCGCCAGGAGCCCGGCACCGGCGUCAAGUACGUGCACCUCCGCCGCCGGUACUGCGCCCCCGAGCCCCCCGCCGCCGCCCCCCUGACCCCCGGGGAGCAGGAGCCGGCGGCGGAGAACAGCGCGAAGCAGCUGAGUCCGCCGCCCUCCCCACGGGCAGGCGCUGAGGAGACGCCGCCGGCAACAGGCGAGGAUGCCGGCAGGCGCCCGCAGCCCCCGGGGCAGCGGGGCGAGCCGCCCCGGCCGAGCCCGGCGGUGGCUGGAGGCCAGCGGAGGGGCUCCCGGCGGGGGCCACCGCCCGGGCGCGGCGAAAGCGGCGGCGGAGGCGAGGAGACCGCGAUAGCGACGGGCCCGGGGCGGCCCCCGGCGACGGACGAGGCGGGGGCGCCGGAGGGAGCGCCCGGGGCGGCCGCGCAGGGCGGCGGCCGGCGGAGCCUGCGGGAGGCGGCGCGGGGCAGCUCCCCCCAGCUGAAGCGCGGCGCCCUCCCCGGCGGGAGCCGCGGCCGGGACUCGGACAGCGCCUCGGUGGCCUCGUCCUCCGCCGAGGAGGAGGGGAGUACCACCGGCUCCGUGGCACUGGACCCCCUGGAGCACGCCUGGAUGCUGUCGGCCUCGGACGGGCGGUGGGAGAGCCUGGAGGGGCUGCUGAGCUGCGAGCCGGCGCUGCUCUGCAAGCGGGACUUUAUCACCGGCUUCACAGUGCUGCACUGGGCCGCCAAGCACGGGCGGCAGGAGCUGCUGGCCACGCUGGUCAACUUCGCCCAGCGGCACGGGCUGCCCGUGGACAUCAACGCCCGCACGAGCGGCGGGCACACGGCGCUGCACAUCGCCGCCAUGCACGGCCACGCCGAGGUCGUGAAGCUGCUGGUGGGAGCCUACGACGCCGACGUGGACAUCCGCGACUACAGCGGGCGUAAGGCUGCGCAGUACCUGCAACAGGGCACCUCGGGGGACAUGCGGAACCUCGUGGGGGCCCUGGAGGAGGAGGAGGAGGAGGAAGGGAAUGCUGGCAAUGGGAGCGGGCGCUGGAGGCUCUCCAAGGUGUUGCCAUCAAAUCUCAUGAACUACCGGCUCUCCCACCACCAUCACGGCACUGGGGAGGAAGCUGAAGGUACGGAUGGGGCAGCGGUGCCGGGCAAAGGCAAGGAGAUGACCAGGAAAGCAUCUGGCAGCGGACGGAUGAAGCCUCGGCUUAAUAAGAUCCGCUUCAGGACUCAGAUCAUCCACAACACGCCCUCCUUUCGUGGUGACGCUGAGGAGGAAGAGCAUGAGGAGAAAUCCCUGAAAUCAUCAUUCAAGCUCAGGCCGAAGUCCAAUGUGUUUGGAUAAGGCCAGGGAGCAGGAGGUCUGGGAGGUGGAUGCAUGGACCAAAGUGCCCUCAGGUGUAGCACAGAAGGUGAGGCAGGUACGAGUGGGUGCUCAUCUACACUCGUGGACUCUGGCCAGAAGGGUCCUGAGUAUCUUGCUUCAACUCCCAGCUCGGUGUGGUCAGUGAGCCCAGCAGGUCAGCAGGGCUCUGGGAGCUCACAGCUCCUGGGAGCAGCUGCUUCAGCCGGGCCCUCAGUGCUGAAAUGGGAGGCGGUGGGUAUGUUGAGAAACACUGUUUAAAAGCUGUGCUCCUUUCUCUCUAAAAGCAGGCUUUGGGAUCGUAAACCUGUGUUAGUGGAUCUACUAGGAUUAGUGAGGUGAGUGGGGGAAAGAAAAGUGCAAAUGCUUUACUCUUACAUUAUUAACUGGUACAAUAAACUAUCAGCAAACAACUUGCUAUGUCAGAAGAACACCUCAGUAAUAUACAAGUAUACCUUAAGUUUCUCUUUAACAGCAAUACCACCUGGCACAAUGUGGAUUUGGGUACACAAAAUCGGUACAGAACAGUUUCCUGUCAGAAUCCAAGCUUCAGUCCAUCAAAGAGUUGAGCCUGUGUUGACUUUAUGCAUUGAAAAUUGCUUGAUUUGACAACAUGACUAUAUUACUAAAAAAAAAAAUCCAUUGCACUGCAAGCAAUGAAUAAAGUUAACCAUGUGCAGAAGUCUUUGCUGUCUGAGUACUACUGAGCUUGCUUAUCGCUGUUGGAAUACUAAUACAAGAUAAUAGAAACAAAGCGUUUUUAUAUAUAUUUGGUAUCUUAUGUUUUGUCUUAGGCAAAGCAAUUUUAUUUUAAUCACUGUGAAUUCUCAAGUGCCAGACCUAGCGCAGUUCCCAUUACUAAGUCUGGUCAAUUCUUGUUAAUGUUCUUUGUGUAACUCACUGCAUUUAAAAUCAGAAGAUUGUGUUGUAUGUUACCUGUGAAAGUUGUUCUAUUUUAGAAUAAAAGAGCACAGACACCA